AGUCUCAAUCUUUUUCACAACCAAAAUUGAAGAGAGGGGAGCAGAGAAACCAGCGGCCGAGGAGGAAGCGAGGAAGAAAUGCUUCGAUUACAUCUCCCCAAGUGGCCGCGUUACUAUGUCACUGUAGCAUCCAUCUUCACGGUCCUUUUCGUCGCUGAAUGCUCUCCCAAUCCCCAGGUCCAAUGCAGCAAAACCUGUGUCGCUGAAAACUGUAAUACUAUUGGAAUUCGUUACGGGAAAUAUUGUGGAGUAGGAUGGAGUGGUUGUCCCGGAGAAAAGCCCUGUGAUGACCUCGAUGCCUGUUGUAAAACUCAUGAUGAAUGCGUCGAGAAAAAAGGUUAACUAUAUGCAUUAUUUUACUCAGAUUAUUUCCCUUCACAUGUUGUAAUGAAUUAUUUCAGUUCCUGUAAAAUUGUUGUCCUGUAUCUUAUUCUUUCUUUUAAAUUUAUAUACUCUAUGGUCAUUAAUUUUAAGAAAUCAAGACUUAGCUAUGCUAAAAUGGUCAGUGACUUGGUGGGAUUCACAUUUCCCCCACGCCUUUCCAGACAAUACAAAACAUGCUACUAGUUCGAAUUGAAAAUGCAAGCCUUUUGGGGGGAUUUAUUUUUAUCCUGGUCUGGUUCUGGUUGUUUGCCCACUUGUUAUAUGGAUUGUAAACCCUUCUAUAGAACCAUGGAAAACUGUUGUUUUGUAACAUGUAGUCUCAACCAUUAAGAUCAGAUUGGCGUUGAAUUUAUUGCUCAACAAUGAAGACUAAAAGAACUGGUUUUGAUGAACCCAAGAGGGUAGCGCAGUUGGUGAGCAACGAAUUUGGUAUGAGCCGUAAACUCGGACGUCCUGAGUUUGACUCCCACUAGGCACACCUUGGGCCACUCAUACGGGGGUGUUUAGUGCUCUUCACUGUUU